AUGCGUCGAUUUUCAAGUCUUUCGGCGCUGCUAAGUGCGCUGAUACUGCCUUUCACUUCUGCCUGCGACUCAGUACCGCAACGCGAUAUUCAACCUCUACCACUCUCCGUUAACGAUAGAUGGAUCCUCGAUGCGAAGAAUCAGACUUUUGCUUUCGUCGGCGUGAACUGGGCUGGACACGAGCAGACCAUGCUUCCGGAGGGCCUGCAAUAUCAGUCUAUUCCUAACAUCGUCACCAAAAUCGCCGAGAUCGGCUUCAAUUCUGUUCGUCUGACUUUUGCAACCCAGAUGGUGGACGACAUUGUCGAAGGAGGCGGUGACGUCACUUUGAAGACGACUUUGCAGAAUGCACUGGGUCCCGAGAACGGUACGACGGUAAUGAACCAGAUCAUGAAGAAUAACCCUGGUUUCAACGAGAGCACGAAGCGUCUUGAAGUAUGGAAUGCCGUUGCUGACGAGCUCGCGCGCCAAAACAUCUUCCUUCAUCUCGACAACCACGUCUCCAAAGCAGGAUGGUGUUGUAAGCCUGAAGACGGUAACAGUUGGUUUGGCGAUAUUCAUUUUAAUACCUCCAACUGGGUUCGAAGUCUAUCGUUCAUGGCAGAGCAUGGCAAAGCAAACUGGAAAUCAUUCUCCAGCAUGGGCCUCCGGAACGAGAUUCGCGACGCCACGAUCGCACCUCCAUCUCCCACUCUCGAACCGAUGACCUGGGAAACGUGGAAGACGCGCAUGCUCCAGGGCGCCAACGCCGUUCACAACGCCAACCCAGACAUACUCAUCUUCUUCGGUGGCCGACUUCUCGAUGUCGACAUAUCCGCCCCUGUGAACGGCAAGCACCUCUCUGAGCCCAACUUCAACUUUUCCAUCGCGGAGCAGCCGUUCAGGAACAAGUUCAUCUUUGAGCAACACCAGUACGACCAAACAGGCCUCGUCGGGGACAACUGCACGUCUUACGUGGGGGUACUCAACGAGCUCGGUUCAAAUGCUGUUUCGAUCUCCGGGCCCGGAACGAACAGGGCACCAUUGGUGAUGGGAGAAUGGGGGCAUGACCAGACCGACGACAGCGGCGUGUUCAAACAUAACUUUCGCACUUGUCUGAUGCAGUUCAUGAUCGAACAGCGCAUAAACUGGAUGGUCUGGGUUAUCGGUGGAAGCUAUUACAUUCGCGAAGGCACCGCGGAUAGAGAUGAACCUUGGGCUUUACUCGACCAUACUUGGAGCUCCUACCGCGGAAAGGAGUCUAUUAAGCAACUUCAGAAAGACAUGAAACAGACCUAUGCGGCUUUCAAUAUGAGUAUUCCCGCUGCUGCGAAGGACGUUAGCAGCGCUGCAUCUGUUAGGUUCUCAUGUAGCGUGGCUGCGGCUACAUUUGUCAGCAUGCUUGUGACUGUACUUGCGGUCUCCCUGUAA